CCCGCCCGCCCGGCGCAGCGGCGGCAUGGCCGUGUGGACGCGCGCCGCCAAGGCGGGGCUGCUGGAGCUGCUGCUGCGGGAGCGCUGGGUGCGGGUGGCGGCCGAGCUGAGCGGCGAGGCGCUGAGCCUCACGGCCGAGCCCGGCGAGCCGGCGGCCGAGCAGCUCAACGGCGUGCCCAACGGCGGCGGAGCGGCGGAACCGGCCGGGAGCGGCGGAACCGGCGGCGGCGUGCGGCGGGUGCGGGUGGUGAAGGCGGAGGCGGGCGGGCUCGGCAUCAGCAUCAAGGGCGGCCGCGAGAACCGCAUGCCCGUGCUCAUCUCCCGCAUCUUCCCGGGGCUGGCGGCGGAGCGCAGCGGGGAGCUGCGCCUGGGCGACGCCAUCCUCGCCGUUAACGGCGUCGACCUCCGCGACGCCACCCACGACCAGGCCGUGCAGGCGCUGAAGCGAGCCGGGAGGGAAGUCGUCCUGGAAGUGAAGUUCAUGCGGGAGGUGACGCCCUACAUUAAGAAGCCGUCGCUGGUGUCGGACCUGCCCUGGGAGGGGGCCGCCCCGCAGUCGCCCAGCCUGAGCGGCAGCGAGGACUCGGGCUCGCCCAAGCACCACGGCGCCCGGGACCGCAAGGUCAUCCCGCUCAAGAUGUGCUUCGCCGCCAGGAACCUCAGCAUGCCCGACCUGGAGAACCGGCUGAUCGAGCUGCACUCGCCGGACAGCAGGAACACGCUGAUCCUGCGCUGCAAGGACACGGCCACGGCGCACUCCUGGUUCACGGCGCUGCACGCCAACAUCACCGCCCUGCUGCCGCAGGUGCUGGCCGAGCUCAACGCCACGCUGGGCGGCGGCGCGGGCGGCCGCGAGGUGAAGCACAUCGCCUGGCUGGCCGAGCAGGCGCGCCUGGACGGCGGGCGGCAGCAGUGGCGGCCGGUCCUGAUGGCGGUGACAGAGAAGGACCUGCUGCUCUACGACGCCAUGCCCUGGACGCGCGACGCCUGGGCCUCGCCGUGCCACAGCUACCCGCUGGUGGCCACCAGGCUGGUGCACUCGGGCUCGGGCCGCCGCUCGCCCUCGCUGGGCUCCGACCUCACCUUCGCCACCCGGACGGGCUCGCGGCAGGGCAUCGAGAUGCACGUCUUCCGCGUGGAGACGCACCGGGACCUCUCCUGCUGGACGCGGGUGCUGGUGCAGGGCUGCCACGCCGCGGCCGAGCUCAUCAAGGAGGUGUCCGUGGGCUGCACGCUGGGCGGGCAGGAGGUGAAGCUCUGCAUCCACUACGAGGGCGGCUUCACCGUCUGCCGCGAGGAGGGGGGCGGCAGCGUCCUCUUCCGCUACCCCUACGAGAAGCUGAAGAUGUCGGCGGACGACGGCAUCAGGACCCUCUACCUGGACUUUGGGGGCCCCGAGGGGGAGCUGGCGCUGGACCUGCACUCCUGCCCCAAGCCCAUCGUCUUCAUCUUGCACACCUUCCUCUCGGCCAAAGUCACCCGCAUGGGGCUGCUGGUGUAGGCGACGGCCCCGGAGCCCCCGACCCCAACCCCGCAGCACAAAGCAGCCGGAGGAAGCACAGAGCCCCCGCCUCCCCUCCCGCCGCACCAGUGCCUUGGGGCCGGGACUGCCCCCUGCCGCGGCACGGGGGGGCUCCAGCAGCACCCCCCGGUCCCGAAGCCAUCUCCCAUCUC